GUUCCCACUGCUCCAAGGGAUCUCACAGUCGUGUACCUCAGCUCCACCUCACUGGAGGUGACAUGGACCCAUCCACAGUGUGACUAUGCUAUCAGGACUGGCUACACGUUGGACCACAUUGUUCUGCCUAUCCCUGAGCCUCCUGGUACCAUUGCUAGCAAUAUCCCACCCACAUACUCGGGCAUUGGUCCCAACGACACUAGUAUUGUUGUGGAAUGUCUGAGCCCUAAUACCAACCACAGCAUCUCUCUGUUUGCUUACACCAGCUCAGGCUGUAGCAACGUCUCCACUGCCAUCAACCAGACCAAAGAAGAUGCACCACUGGCUGUCACAAGCACAAUGAUCAAUUCGAUAGAAUACCAAAUUCACUAACUGAAGUGAGACUGGAUAUUUCCUGGACUCCUGCAUCAAAUCGCAACGGAUCCUUCGAAACUAUGUUCACAUACUUUGGGACCCAGACGCCAGAUUAUCCUCCACAGAGGAGCAGCUCUAGUCCAAACCAAACUCUGAUUCUUUCGGAAGACCAGCGCACAUUUACCAUUCCAGAUGGGCUGCCUUAUGCCGAGUACACUGUCACUCUCCAACCAUUCAAUAUAAAGACAGACAACAGGGCACCGCCCCAUUCAAUGACUGUAUGAACAAUUGCUAUCGAGCCGACAGUGGUUCUUGAUCUAGCAGCUGAAGGAAGCACCUCAACAUCAAUAAGUGUAUCGUGGGACCUUCCUGCAUACCCCAAUGGCCCUAUCUCAAGCUACAUUAUCUACUACAGGAAGAUAUCGGAUGACACCACUAAUCUAGACCCAUCAUCUGUUCUACAAGACCCCCAGCAAUAUCAACAUUGAUGGCUACUCUAUUAAGAGAGUCACGGGUGUCAACACAACACGGGCUCUCAUAAGUGGCCUUGAGGUGUACCGCUACUAUAGCAUCAUCGUAAGAGCCAUUGGUGCAGAGCCAGACUCACCGCCAGAGCUGAACAGAGCUCUCUUGGAAGUGGUGGCCCGGACUUUCAGCGACCUCCCGACAGAGCAACCAACACCCAUACAACCGGAUGGGAACUCUCGAACAACAAUCACUAUCACCUUACCAGACCACAUCUAUAUUGAUGCUGGAGAAGUCAUUUUCUAUGCUGUGGUACUGAUCAGAGGAUAUCAAGAAUAAAUGCAUGAAGCAGGUGGAUUAUGAUGAUGCCAAGGUAUAGCUACACACCUGAUGUAUACAACAUCACUGCUGCAUGGUCCAAUGCGAACAUCACUCGUGUACCUCUGAGAUACGUCAUAGGAAAUGAGUCUGUGACGUAUGCAAAUGGUGUGAGGUACAUGAAUGCUAGGCUGGAAUCAGGCUCCGAUUACAGCUUCUUUGUCAGAAUAGAUCUGAGAUCAGACACUGGGGAGGCUCUCAGGAUUCGUACCAACUUCACCAACCUUUUUACGAGAGAUGAAAUUGCUGACAACAAUGCAGCCGGCGCAGCUGCUGGUGGAGUGAUUGUAACCUUGGUAACUAUUGCUGCCGCCUGCGCAAUUAUUCUUCUAAUUUUCUUCAUUUUGAGGCGGCAUCGCUCCCAGAAGCUGGAUAUCCGACAAGAGGUUGCCCUGGAAGACAUGGCUAGUAGCAAGAACCCUGUCACAGCUAUCUCCAGUCAUGUUAUAGCCAACCCGCUGGCUGCUCCACACCGGAGGACAUUUGAGCCAAUCCCUGUUAGAAACUUUGCAGCUCAUGUUGUUCACCUUCACUCCAAUGAUGAUUUUCUCUUCGCUGAGGAGUACUCGUCCGUUGAGCCUGACCAUGCCCCCAUGUCAGAAGUGUGUCUUCGACCAGAGAAUCAGUCCAAGAACCGCUACGCCAACAUCAAAGCAUAAUAUGAUCACUCUCGAGUACAGUUGGCAGUUCUUCCUAGCGAGCCUGGGUGUGAGACUACAUUAAUGCCAACCGAAUCGACGGCUAUGGCCAACAGAAUGCGUUCAUAGCAACUCAGUGACCAGUCCCAGCGACUGUGACUGACUUCUGGAGAAUGGUGUGGGAGCAAAGCACCGCCACCAUUGUCAUGUUGACCAACUUGGAAGAGAAAAGAAGGAUAAAGUGUCACAAGUACUGGCUGGACGAGAUGGAGCGAACAGAGGCUCUCGACUCCAUUCACAUCUACUUCCAGGACUCUUUGAUCCUGGCAGAGUACACCGUCCGCACAUUCUCCGUGCAAAUGGACGGAUCCAAAGAGGAGAGGAUUGUGAAGCAGUUCCACUACACAGUGUGGCCAGAUCGCGGCGUGCCCGACCACCCAACUCCUCUGCUCCAGUUCGUCCGUAAGGUGUCUUCAUCGAACCCGAUGAACGCAGGGCCUAUGAUAGUCCACUGCAGUCCCGGUGUGGGACAUACAGGGACAUAUAUUACACUAGAUGCUCAGCUGAAGAGGAUCAAGAAGGAAGGGAGUGUUGACAUUUUUGGGUUUGUGCGAAGGAUGAGAGGGAGACGCUGCUACAUGGUACAGACUGAGCAACAGUAUAUAUUCCUUCACGAUACUCUACUGCAGGCCAUUGAGUGUGGAGUGACUGAAGUGGCUGCCAGAGACCUGCAUAAGCAGCUGCAUACACUGCUCGAGAUAGACCCAGCCACAGACAAAAGACUGGACUCCAGAAAAUCUUGCAGAAGGUGCAAAGCACGCUGCACCUCAGACAUCCAAAGACAGUCAGCACUAUGCCUGUCAAUUUGCACAAGAACAGAUAUGCUGAUCGUGAAAUGCUUCCAUAUAACAGCACAAGGUGUCGGUUGAAGAGUAUUCCAGGGGCAAAGGGCUCUGACUAUAUCAAUGCCAAUUAUAUCAAUGGUUACUAUCGUGCCAGGGAGUUCAUAGCCACCCAAGGUCCCCUCCCAGACACAGAGAACGACUUCUGGAGAAUGGUCUGGGAGCAGAAGAGCUCCACCAUUGUCAUGCUCACCAAACACAAGGAGAAUGACGGGAAGGUGAAGUGUCACAUGUACUGGCCCAACAGUGGGGCAGGCCAGUACGACUACCUGCAGGUCAUACUCAUUGGGACCACUCCAUACCCUGACUAUACUCUCAGGGAGUUCAACCUUGUGGACACGAGAGACGAGUCCUCGCGACUCGUGAAGCAUUUCCAGUACACGGACUGGCCGGAGAACUCGGUCCCCGAGACUGGGUCGGCUCUCAUCGAUCUGAUUGGUCAGGUCCAGAGGUGGCAGAGGAGCUGCGACAACAAACCCAUCAUAGUCCACUGCAGUGGAGGAUGUGGAAGGACUGGGACCUACAUAGCAGUGAGCAUCCUCAUUGAGAGGCUGAAGACUGAGGGAGUGGUGGAUGUGUUCCAGACGGUCCGCAAGUUGAGGAUGCAGAGACCUGGGCUGGUGGCCAGUCCUGAGCAAUACAGGUUCUGCUACCAGACUCUCAUUGAGUUUCUCGACUCCUUUGAAAUGUACGCUAAUUUCAAGUAAAGAAAGACACCAAGUUUUUAAAAUUUGUUUACAGACAAUGAGAUAUUUUUUAUGCACUACUUAAUGUUUCCGGUGGUUGUAUUUCUACAAAAACUUGUCCGAGUUUAUUGAAAUGAUACUUCUUUUGAUUUGACAGCACGUCCACAAAUAGCAGGGGACUGAAGCUCUGUAGUCCGGGAAGAACUGGUAGCAGAGAGACUACCAUGUCCAUUGAACCUCCAGCAGGCAGCUCAUUAUGGACCUUCCCCGUCACGCCAGUCCAGAGGAUGCCAGCUCCUGGGUGUUUCUCCAGUACAGAUCGAAGCCUCAUUGGUCCACCACUUCCGUUGUGAACUCUGAGAGUGAUUCUGAACGGUCUCUCCAGACUGACAGUACCUGGUGACUCCACCACCGUCACCUUCAACUGCGGGAGUGGAGGCAGCUGCAUUCAGUGAGAGAGGGAAGGAAAAGAGUGAGGUUGGGUGGGGGGAGAAGGCAGGGAGAGCUGACUGUGGCUUUGAGCUGUCCAGUUUG